UUCAUACUUCCACAAUGUCUAAUAAUAUCGAAAUGCAGGAUACUGAAAAUACAGAUGAGUGGGUUACUUGGAUUGAAGAAGCUAUUGCUAAAGGGUAUUUUAAAAGUUAUGAAUACAAGCAUUUUAAUAAUAUUAAAGUAAUCGGUUCUGGAGCAUUCGGAAAAGUUUAUCGUGCAAAUUGGAAAGAUUCGGCACAACGUAUAGCGUUGAAAUCUUUUUUUGAUCUUAACAACGUCACUGUAAAAGAAAUUGUACAUGAGCUUAAACUUCAAAGAGAAAUACAAUUUCAUGAUAAUAUUAUUAAUUUCUAUGGAGUUACAAAAUUUGAGUCAGACAAUCAAGAUGAUUUAUUAAAAAAAUAUUUAUUAGUUAUGGAAUAUGCCGAUUCUGGUUCUCUUAAAGAUUAUUUAAAGAAAAACUCUAAUAAUCUCACCUGGGAUGAUAAAUAUAACUUGGCGUACCAGUUAGCUUGUGGCGUGUCGUGUUUACAUAAUGAAGGGAUCAUUCAUCGUGAUUUGCAUUCAGGUAAUAUAUUGGUUCAUAAAAACACAAUAAAGAUAGCCGAUUUCGGAUUGUCUAAAAGAAUUGGAUCAUCGUCCAAACAAUCAAAAUUAUUCGGAAUAAUUCCUUACGUUGAUCCAAAAAGAUUCGGUAAACGAAGAAAUAAUAAAAAUUCAACACAAUUGUCCUCAUUUAACGAAAAAAGCGAUGUUUACAGUGUUGGGGUACUGUUAUGGGAAAUAUCUAGCGGACAACCUCCCUUUUCUAAUGAAGAAUAUGAUCUUGAUUUGGCUAUAGAUAUUAAAGAAGGUCUUAGAGAAGAUCCUAUUCCUGAUACACCUGAAAAUUAUAUAAAACUUUAUACUGAUUGUUGGGAUGGUGAGCCAGAUAAUCGCCCAACUAUUGACCAGGUGGCAGAAAGGUUAAAAGCAAUGAUUACAAAAACAAGCAUGAUAACAGAAAAUCUCCAAAUUAAAUCUAGUCUUCAAUUAUCAGACGAGCAAGAUAUUAAUCCAGCUAAUGUUAAUACUACUUCAAUUGUCAGUAAUUCAUACCAUGGGAAAUUGUCUCAAAUUCAAAAAUUUGAUAAAAUGAAUACAAAAGAAAUAAUAUCUUUAUCAACAAAUGAACAAAUAAUUAAUGAAAGUAUUUUAUCUGAAAAGAAUUUAAGUAAAAUUAAUGAAAUAGUAGAAUUUAUCUUUAGAUUAACUAAAGUAGGAGAAAAUCCAUACGAAUAUAUUUUUGAUUAUUUUGAUAGACGUGAUAUAAAAUCGCAAGAAAUUUAUAAUUGGUUGAUAGAUAAUCAAAAUAAUUUAGAUUCUAUUUUCUUACUUGGAUAUUUUAAUUAUGUAGGAAUUGAAACGAGUAAAAAUCCUAAUCAAGCAUUUAAUUUAUUUAUUGAGGCAUCAAAGAAAGAUCAUAUAUUGGCACAUUAUUUUGUUGUAUCAUGUUAUCAAUUUGGUUAUGGGACUGUAAAAAACGAAAAGCUAGCUUUGGAAUAUUGUGAAAAAUUAGCUAAUAAGGAUUAUACAUUAGGAAUAGAUCUGAUUCUUUAUAUGAAAAAGCAGCAAUUUAUGGCUCAAAAAAAUUCUGGCUACAAUAUAUAGAAACGGGGUUGAUAGAGAUUAUAAUAAAUCUAUUAAAUUAUCAAACAAUCAGCUGAAGGGGAAUGUAAGGAGUAAUAAAUUUUAUGUUUUCCACCUUGUAACAAAUAAAU